AUGCCUAUUGUAUUACCAUCGAUUGGACCAUUAUAUACUACUACGACGACAUCUGGAUCUCGAUGGACAUAUUUUACAUAUGAGAAUGAAGAACAACGUGAACAAUAUGAAGAGGAUAUGGCUCGAUACUUUGGUGUACCAUUACCUAGUUGUAUACGUCGUAAACCAGAGGUACAAGAAGAAGAAGAAGCAGAAGAAUUAACAAUGAGUAAUCUACGUACACCUACAAGUGGCCAUUUACUAAGUACGAGUUUUCCACCAUCAACGUCUCCUAUGAAGAAAGAUGGAGCCAGUAGCAAUAAAAUGACAUUACCACUCUUACAAAAAUUACAAUUGGAUUCACCAACAUCACCAUCGGAUGUUUUGAAUGAGAUGGAACAUUCAAGUGAAGAGGAGAAAAAAUUACGUGUCAGUCGAGAACGAAACCGAUUACAUGCACAACGCACACGAAUUCGUAAACGUGAGUUAUUGGAGAGUCUUAAGGAACGUAUUGAAGCAUUGCAAGAUGAAUUUCAGCUCUUGAAACAAGCUUAUGAUUUUCAUACAACAGCUGUAUGUCUUUUAAAACUUGGAAAUGUUCAUGAUCUUCCCUGUGUCUAUCGACUAGAGCAAGUUGGGAUUGAUGCAAUGGAGGAUAGAGACAAGGAUGGACAGUUAUGUGAGAGUGUUCACACGACGUGUUCAUUGCAUGAAAGUGACUACGAUGACGAAAUGCAUGAGCAUGGAAUGGAUGUGAACUCAAGGACAAUGACGACACCUGCAUGUAUCCCGAUUGUACUCGUCUGCUCGAAGGAAGAACGUGAACGCGUGCGACGUGAACGUAACCGCUUGCACGCACGAAGAGCUCGACUACGCAAGAAACUGGUGCUUGAAAAAAGUCAGCAGGCUGUUCAUGACCUUCGUGAGCGCAACGACCGUCUUCGCAGUCGCCUGAGCGCGUUGGUUUCGUCUAUCUACGGCUUGGACGCCUGUCUUGAUGAUCCUGACGCCACGUCAUGA